GGACACGAUAGCACCGAAUAGGCAAAGCCGUAUCGAGCAAAGACUGAAGCCGUCACGACCGGACUUGUCGGGGAAUUGAGAAACACCUCGUCAACCCGAAAACCGGCCUAGCUGUCCCAAAACUGCAUCCCAAAACUGCAUCCCACGCCUACGCAACAAGCACGACUGGCACGACUGAAGCAUCCUUUCCCUUUCCCCUCUUGCUUCCGAUAACAACCGUCGAUGAAGACGAGGCGGUUAGGAAAUUCAAAAUCUUGAUACUACAUGGUGAGUAGGUAUGGAUGGGGAUUGCAGCCGAAAGAAAAUAAUGCCCUUUUUUUUUUUUUUUUUUUUUUUUUUUUCGGUCGGAUGGUGCGGAUAACGAUUUGUCAGUGCGGAUCGAAUAGCGGAUGGAAUAAGGGACCAGCAAAGCAGAUAGCAGCAAAGCAGCAAAUCAACUAUUCAAGGGACCAGCUUGAAAAUCGUCAAUUUCUAAUUGCUAAUUGCUAAUUGCUAAUUGCUAAUU